AUGCAGGUUGAAAAGUACUUCUCGUUCCAGAUCUUCUUCAUCUUCCUCCGGGAGUCGCUGGAGAUCGUGAUCAUCAUCUCGAUCCUGCUCACGAUCGUGAAGCAGGCGCUGUUGAAGCCGGAGUCGGCGUCCAGCAAGUACCUGGGCGGCGGGCGGCUGGAGGCAGAGGAAGAGGUGGAGCUGAACGCGGCGCUGCAGGAGGCGGGGCCGCUGGAGGCGGUGGAGAACAGCCAGCUGUACCGGAGGCUGAAGGUCCAGAUUCUGAGCGGGGGCGCGCUAGGGCUGCUAUGCUGCAUGCUGGUGGGCGGAUUGUUUAUCGUGCUGUUCUACUACGUGGGCAAGGACCUGUGGGCCGCGAGCGAGCACUACUACGAGGGCGUUUUGAGCAUUGUGGCGUCGGUAAUCAUCUCGUUCAUGGGGCUGUUCUUUCUGCGGAUGGGCCGGCUGCGCGACAAGUUCCGCAUCAAGCUGGCGUCGAUGCUUUACGCGCAGAGUAGCGACCCGCUGGCGCCGAGCCGGCGCGCGCGGAAGUUCAGUGAGAAGUACGCGCUGUUCAUCCUGCCGUUCGUGACGUCGCUGCGGGAGGGGCUGGAGGCGGUGGUGUUUGUCGGCGGCAUUGGCAUCGACCAGCCGCUGAGCUCGAUCCCGCUGUCGAUGCUGUCGGCAGCCGUUGUGAGCUACGCGUUCGGACGCUUCUUUUUCGCAUCGUCGGGGUCCUUCUCGCUCGAGGUCUGCCUGGUGACAGCCACAUGCCUGCUGUACCUCGUGGCAGCCGGGCUCUUCUCGAAGGGCGUGUGGCAGUUCGAGCUGCAGCACUACGUGGACCUCUGUAACGGGCAGGACAUGUCCGAGGUUGGGAGCGGGCCGGGCUCCUACGACAUCUCCAACUCGGUCUGGCACGUCAACUGCUGCAACGGCGAGCGCGACGGCCUCUGGAUGAUAUUCACGGCGAUCUUUGGCUGGACCAACAGUGCAACAUAUGGCUCCGUCAUCAGCUACAUCAUCUACUGGCUGGCCGUCAUAGGCGUGCUGCACGUGCUGAAGAUCGAGGAGACGCUCGGCUACAUCCCAUACGUGCCCAUCAAAUGGCAAGCUAGGCGAAUCAAGAAGCGCCUGGCACUAAUCGAGAAGGCGAGGGCGCUGCAAAGCAGGCCGCCAUCAGGAUCGCCCCCAGUAUACCAGACGGCUAGAUUGUCUCAAGAGAGCACGAAUAGCAAUACCCUCCUAUUGUCGUCGCAGGAAUAA